CAGGCAGUCGAGGUUGCAGCAGGCAGGCAGAGGGAUACGGUGGAAGGAAGGUAAAGCAGGGAAGGCAGCAUCAUGGCGGACAGAGACAGCGGCAGUGACCACGGAGGGCCUACCGCAGGCCCUGGCUCGCUGCCGCCCGGUGCGAUGGGAGCCAUGUCCCGGCUGCAGCACGACACCGAGGAGCUCGCCUCCAAGCGGGUCGACAUCCAGAACAAGCGAUUCUACCUUGACGUCAAGCAGAAUGUUAAAGGACGCUUCCUAAAGAUAGCCGAGGUCGGCGCGGGGGGGAACAAGAGCCGCCUGACGCUCUCCAUGUCCGUGGCCGUGGAAUUCCGCGAUUAUCUCGGCGACUUUAUCGAACAUUACGCCCAGCUGGGCCCGAGCAACCCCGACUUGGUGCAGGAUGAGCCGCGGCGGGCGCUCAAGAGCGAGUUCUUGGUGCGAGAGAAUCGGAAAUAUUACAUGGAUCUGAAGGAGAACCAGAGGGGGCGGUUCCUGAGGAUCCGGCAGACCGUUAAUCGGGGGCCCGGACUUGGAAGCUCGCAAGGCCAGACUAUCGCUCUGCCGGCGCAGGGUCUCAUCGAGUUCCGCGACGCUUUGGCCAAACUCAUCGACGACUACGGCGUGGACGAGGAGCCGGCCGAGCUCCCGGAAGGCACCUCGCUCACGGUGGACAACAAGCGCUUCUUCUUCGACGUGGGCUCCAACAAGUACGGCGUGUUUAUGCGGGUGAGCGAGGUCAAGCCCACGUACCGGAACUCCAUCACGGUUCCGUGCAAAGUGUGGGCCAAAUUCGGCAACACCUUCUGUAAAUACGCGGACGACAUGAGGAAGAUCCAGGAGAGGAGUCGAGAGAAACGGGCUUCGGAACUGCUACCUGAGGGCCCGCACGGCGCAGAUGACGGCGACGACGACUGACUGACUGACUCAGACACCGAACCAAACUGAGAACUCAGCAAUGAAAUGAGACUUCACAGUGUCAAGCGACUGUAAAGAGAGAAGAUCUCCAAGGGAAUGACCCCUACCCUACUCUCCCCUCCACACACGCACACAAGCACCACAGAAAAGGCAGCACCUUGGCUGUCUCCUCUCUCAUUUGACUGGAUGUCACCCACUUUAUCACCAUGUCACAGUAAGCGCUGCUAUUAAGGACUUUAACUGUAACAUUUCAACUGUUUCUUACUUGAGUUCAGUGAUGACAAACAGUGUUUAUAUCUGUCUAAAAAUUUUGCACACCUCAAAAGCUAUUUAAAAAAGUCAAACUGUACUAAAGAUUUCACCAGAAAUGACAAAACAGCUCUAUUAUGUAAGAAAAACAGCCUUCUCAUCGAAUGCGUUUCAACAUCAGCACAAAGAGAACAUUUAUUGACUAUAUCCCUAUAUUGUAUCAUUUAAUAUAAAGGUACGCAGACUAAAUAUAGAAGCGCUCUACAGGUUAUGGACCUGCAGAAUGGCAAAAACCUGUCUGCAUGCUUGUAGGCUCGUGUUCUGAAAAGAGGGUUGGUAAAGUAGCUAGCUAUUUUAAUUUGACCCGAAAAUGCAGUCUAAUUAAAAGUAUUACGAUUAUGCUGAGAAAAUAAAAACUCCAUGCACUUCAAACAAAUGAGAUAAGUCUAUCUCCGUGCUAUCAUUAGGGUCCGACCCUCUUGCACCAUCUCUUAAGAGAUUUCAGUGGGGGAAAAAAGUGCUAACUUAGAUGUACAAAUUAUGAUUUUGUGAAUCAGCUGUAAAAAGAAAAAAAAAAUCCUUAAAAUACCCACGUUUUUGUGGGAGAUUUUUUGUUGUUGUUGCUUUUAUCUUCCCGCGAGGGGAGGGGGUCCAUCUUGGGGAUGUGCAAAGGUUAUAAUUAAGGGGGGAAAAGACACGCCUGCGCAGUGCAGGCAUCCUCUCUGACGUCAUUAGAACCCGUGCCUUAUACACUCCGCUCGUUUACGUGUCCUCACGUGGAUGGUCCGUGACCUUUGUCCACUUUAAUUUAAGUGUGCUGUUACGUAGGCAAAAUAGCCUCCUUACCGACCAGGGUUGCUGUAAGGGCGGUAACAAAGAGGUAAGGCGUUGUUCUGCCGAGAGUCUUGCGAGGUCGUGAGUGCCAUCCUUGCCAAAAUGACAGUGUGGUUUCUCACUCCUUGGAAUGCUUCACGGUGGCCAAGAUGUUCUUGAUAUAUUGUCGGUGGUUCUACGUACAACUGGAUGUAAAAACCACGGCGGUGACAGACACAAAAAAUCCGCAUAGACUCGACCAGCGUGGAGUGGAGACAAGCUGUUAAAGAACUCGGCAAGGCGUCCUUGUGCCCUUUUAUCAGUGCAGGGCUGAGGCAGUAUAAAUCUUAUUAAGGUGCUAUAGCUCCUCCAUUCCUCCUCUGCUCACUUUACAUAAUAAUAUACAUAAAUGUACAGUAUGUUAUUGUUCCUCUGUUCCUUUUCCUUUGCAUUCUCAUCGCUUUGUCAUGUCAAAAAUCGUGUCAGGUUUCCCCCUCCCAGACUGAGGCGGAGCUACUUACAAAAGAGGGACAUUUCUUAUUAGUGUGCAAUAUUACAUGCAUGCCGAUCAUGGCGUAGGUGUCACAUGUAUGGACUAUCACAAGAUGAAAACAAUAACUCGGUAUAUGAUUAUUUGAAAGCAUGGCAAUGUGCUUACUUAACAACGUGAUGUUUUAUUUUUCAGCUAGAAGUUCUGUAAAACUGUGUGGGGUUUGUUUACCCACUAUAAACUCCCAACUCUCCCCUCCUUUAUUCUGCUCCAUGCACAUACAACGUGGAUACUCGCUUUGGGGUCUUACACACACAUGCACACAGCCUCCCCCCUGCUGAGGCCUCAUGUUGCUUUUGGAGUGUUUGGGAGGCCUCUGCAGUAUUUUCAACAAGGCCUCCUCUCAUUUGAAUCCAGGAGUGUGCUUAGGGACUUAGCACGACCCCUUUCCCACCUGACACUACUCACUGGACAUGCACAUUUAAUUCGUCCAUUGAUUUCACAAGCUAAAAGUCAUCUGCAAAGUUUUUUUUUUUUCUAAAAUUCACAUGUUAUGUUUUGUUAAUGAUAGACAAUCUAGCCGUAGAUCACGACUGACUGUUCAAUUGUUUGUCGCAUCCGCCAUUACUGAAAAUACUGAAAAUAAGGAGACACCUCAAUAACCUUCCUACUGUUCUAACGGCUUCAACAUUAUUUCACAAAAUAAAUCAUUGACUGCCAUUGGAAGCAACGUCAAUUCCACUUAAACAUGAUCAUUAAAUCCCACUGAUUCCAGUUAAAAUAUAUUCCGAUGACUCUUGCUGUCAAUGGCCGUGAGUGAGUUAAGGACCCUUAAAUAAACAAUGACUUUACUAAGACCACCACACAAGCCGACAUCAAAUGUUGAUACACUUUCUUAUACCAAACUGAUCAAAAAACUGAGCGUUAUGAUCGAGAUUUGACUGUCCCUCAAUGGCCAUGCAGAGUUCCUCAUUAACCAGACAACCAAUAGUAGUCUUUGGUCUCACGGCUCAACACUAACCACCCACUAAGUAGCUCAUUCAGCUUGUCUUCUGUUUGCACUCAGACCAACUGUCAGGUCCAUGAUUGACAGACUGUAUAGGCUACAAUUGUGUAUAGAUGUUCUGAAGGGAAGUGGAUCCCAGAUUUUGCGGGGCUGGGGUGGGGUAAGGGGGUGUCAAUGCACAAUGGAAAUAUCCCAUGUCACUGUUUGGACUGAAGCCCUUUACCAUCCCAUAAGAGAUGUGUUGUACCUUAUGAAAAUAUUUUAUCUGUGCUCUGUGUGUGUGUGCGUGUGUGUGUGUGUGUGUGUGUGUGCGUGCGUGCAUAUAUGUGCAUAUACAGUAUAUAUACUGUAUAUAUAUAUAUAUAAAUACAGUAUAUACAGUAUAUAUAUAUGCAGUAUAUAUAUAUAUAUAUAUAUAUAUAUAUACUUUAUAUAUAUAGUUUGUUAUAUAUGGUGCGCCUCCUUUCGAAAAAUAUAACAAUGUAAACAGGAAAACGUUGCGUUUUUCUUUUGCUUUGUAUAUUUAUACUUACAGAAAGCAUUGAAUAAAAACGGAUACCUACUUGCACUUUAGAUAUAUUACGAGAAAUACAAAUCUGCAUAUUAUUUUUGAUAGGGAUCUAAUUCAAAGGAUAUAAAUUACUGGCUUUGUGACUAUUGCUGGACAGAGAUGUAUUAAGUUCUACUUAUUGAAGUAUAUUUUGUCUGUGUGUCAGAAAGUUUACUGAAGUAAAUUGCAUGAUAAAGUAGUGCUAUACACCAAUAUUGUUCUUUUUUAAGUUGGUUCAAAUGUCUGAAAACUGUGAUAACAACCUCUUGUAUGUUAAAGCUCUCCUUGCCCUUUCUAGAGUAUUUCCUGUCAAAAUAUGGCCUUUCCUGACUACAUGACGAUGGUGCUUAUACUUUGACUUUGACAUCAAGCUCAUCCUGUACAUCUCAGCAUCAUCGCAACUCGUGUCCUUACACUCCAUUCACCACCUUAUUAAAUUUAUGUUGAUUGCAAAAAAAAAAAAAAAAAAAAAAAAACACAAGAAAAAAGGAAAACAAAAGAAAAGGUGUGCUGUUUUGUACAGUGCUGUUUAUUUUUAAUGUUUGGGGGAGUCUUGUUGUCUGAAAAACUAUUAAUCAUGCAAUAAAAGCUCAUUCCAUGUGUCACUAUCACUGCAUUCCUGUAUCAACACUACAUUUAUGGAUGUUAAUGGUUGCAAUUUUGUUUGAUAGGCAUAACUCUAUUUAUACUUACGCAUACAUAUAUGUAUUUUAUAUUGUGUAUAUGUAGUAUAUAUAAGUAGCAUAUAGACAACCAAUAGUAUCUGCUUAUUAUCAACAAUAUAGUCAUUACAUUUUAAUUGCAUCAUUUUAACUGGCCUGAACACUCAAGAGCUGGAAACUUUGGAUCUAUGCAAUAGUUACACUUUUUUCUUUUACAUAUGCCCUCUGUCCUUUUUGAUAUUUAGAUGGAUAUCUUAUCUAAUAAUAUGUCAUUUCUCACUGUAGUAUUUAUUACCAUUUUGCGGCUCAUUCUGCAUGGUAAAUUUUGUUUUGCUCAGCCAAUGUAGAAAAAAAAAAAAAACUUUAUGUUCACAUAUUGACUCUUGAAGUACAGUUUUAGUUUAAGUAAUGCAAAUGUGUAUCAACUAUGAAAAGACAUGCACAGUGUUCAAAAGAAAGUCUAAUCCUAACCUAGGUCCAAGCCUAUUUCCUGCAGUUAUCGCUGAGUGGCUCAAUUUGUUCAAUUUAAUGAGAACCCAUUUUCACAGCCACUUAGCUUCUUUUGAAAGUUUUAAAAUACAAUAAACACUUUUCUGUAUUAACAAAAGCAACACUGUGAAAUCAAAAUCAUCAUAAUACAACUACAUGAAUAAGCAUCAUUUAUAGUUACUCAUUUGCAAAACUUAACCUGACCCAAAAAAUAAUUAACUCAGUUGCACUAGUAUAAUUUUUUUUUUUUUUUUUUUUUUUUUUUUUUUGAGGGAGCAUUUUAAGUAGUGUUGUUAUCGCACAACCUGGAGGUUGUGUAGAAUAAUGUUAACUAGUCAAAUUCAACAUAUUACUGCUUGUAAUCUAUUAAGUAAUGAUUAUUAAAUUAAAUCCAUUUCACUUGUGUAACAUCAACAAAAAAUAUCUGGGUUAAUUGUUAUCAAAUAUUUUAUAUUUAAAUAAAUAUAUAUCGUAUUUUCUGACUAUAAGCCGCCACUUUUUUCCUUCAUUUUGAAUCCUGCAGUUUAUAGUCCAGUGCAGUUUAUUUGUUGAAUUAUUUGGGUUAAUAGGUACCACUUCAUUUGACAGCGUCGUCAUAAGACCGUCAUAACUAUGACAUGACACUAUCAUGGGCAGUAUGACAGAUGUCAUUAAGUGUCAUCCGGCAAAUUAUGUCCCUAACUCCAUUUAUGUCCAUCUUGGAUCUUUUACAUCCAUUCAAAAGUGAGAUUAUUUGCCGGAUAACACUAAAUUACAUCUGUUAUAAGCAUUUAUCAAAUAUCAUGUCAGUGUUAUGCCAUAAUUAUGAUUGUCUAAUGACAGUCUUAUUGCGCCAAUGUCAAACAAAGUGUUACCAAAUAUCAUAACUAGCAAUUUAAUGAAAUAACUGGAACAAUAACUGAAGAAAUACCGUAUUGGCCUGAAUAUAAGACAGUGUUUUUUUGCAUUGAAAUAAGUAUGAAAAAGAGGGUCGUCUUAUAUUCGCGGUCUAGACAUUAUACCCAUUCACGACGCUAGAUGGCGACAGAUAUCGUUGAAGUGAUAUUCUGUCAUGACAGAUCUCAGCUACUCUCAAGUUUAAACAGUUUGCAUUAUUUUAUUGCAUUGUUUUUCCUCAUUCAGAUUUAUUUCAAGACUACAGUUACAGUUAGACUUCACUUUGAUGGUUAAUGCAGUUAUUGCAAUUUUGUUGUCUUAUCACAAUAGAUUGGCUUAUUUACAUUUCAAAAACCAGAAGCCAUUCAUUUACGAAUCUGAUUGCACUUUAGUUUACAUUUUUAAAUGUUUAGAUAUAAAGAUUUGAAUGAGGCAAAAUAACAUGCUUUUUCUCUCAAAUAUAUUGUUAUAAUCAUUUGUUUCAGAUGUACUGUAAUUAUUUUCUAUAUAAAAAUUAAUUUGGUGUUCAAAAAGUCUUUUAUCAAACUUGAGCCUUGAAAAAGAGGUAUUCGUCUUAUAAUCAGGGCCGUCUUGUAUUCAGGCCAAUACGGUAAUAAGCACAGAACAUGAAUUUUAAUUGUUAUUUACAUCUUUAACGCGGCAAUGCAUGCUAGGAGGCAUGUUGGACAACAGCAGUUUUGACAGCAGGUGGCAGCAGAGGUUGACUGUCACCACCAAGGGACCAGUGAUGGCCAAAUGAAGCUUCUAGAAGCAAUGAAGCUUUGCAGCCAAUUGGUUCAAAGUUACACGGUGGUUCUUAUGACAGUGGUAUGAUGCCGCUGUCAAAUAAAGAGUUACCGGUUAAUAUCUUUUGGUGUAAAUAUCCCAUAAUACAGUGAGGACAUCUGCGGCUUAUAGUCCAGUGCAACUUAUCUAUGAACAAAUGCCUAUUUCGUGCCAAAUUUGGGUGGUGGUGGCUUAUAGUCAGGUGUGCCUUAUAGUGCGAAAAUUACCAUUUAUUGAAGUUGUUUGAGUUGUAUUCAAAAGAAUCGUUAGCUUUCUCAGUCAUCAGGUUUUACAGUGAAUUUAAACUGUUUUUUGCUUUUUAAAGUUUUAGAAGUAGCAUGCAAAGCUACUGUAAGUGAGCAUCUUUUGAAGUGUAAAUAAGUUUAGAUUCACAUAUAAAGUCAGCAAAGUCAGAGCCUUCUCUCUGCUGGUUUAAACACUAUCAGAAUAAGCAAUGACCGACAUUUACAACUUACCUGAAAAUUAGAUUGGUAUCUUUCCACCGUCUGUUAUCUUCAUUUCAUAGUGCGUCUUUGUGUUGACUUCUCAGCUUCCAGUCGUGUGAAUGUAGCUUUCUCUGUUAAACAAAUGUCAGCUUCUGGGUGACGUCUGCAUAUUUCCAUCCUAUGAUUGUUGAGCUAAAUAGACUUUCUGUGUGAACCCCACUGUUGAUGUGCAAAGUUAGCUCAACCAAAGAUUGAUUUACUUGAAGUGACAAUAUCGGACAUUUUUAGAGGGGAAAUUACAUGAAUUACGAAACGUGGGUGGACCAGCAAAAUUGCUGGCUUGAUUAUUUCAAGCUGACAACAUUGGCAAGAACUAACGGAAACAGGUAAGGAAAAAAAUAAUUCCUGUUUGUAAUUUGGUGUCUAGAAGUCAAUAACAACACUCAACAAAUAAUUGUAUUCUUCUAAAAUGCCUUUAAUAUAGAGUACAAAGAAAUAUAUACAGUACAUAAGUGAUGUCAGUGGCACCCAAGCUGCUGCACAUCAUUUUGGUGCCAGUAUUCAUAAAUCACAACUACAGUCUUCUCUAUAAAACCUUACUUUAUGAAGCACAGACUAAAUAUUCAGUACAUAUGUUUCUUAUGCUGUAUGAACAUCCGUGUGGAAGAAAUUAAAAAAAUUUUAAAAAUUCAAAUAUACAACAAAGCAAAAUGACAGGUCUAUGCUGACAUCAAAGUGCCAAAGUUGUGUUUUUUUUAUACGCAACAUAACAAUCAACAAAUAUUUUUGUCACAGUCCUAUUUUACAGCACAGGCCUACCCUAGGACAUGAGGAACAUCUGUUAGCACAACAGCCAAAGUGACUAAACGGGGACAUGUCUGUAUUUAACAAAAAAAAAAAAAUUAUUUAUCCUGAUAUUACUAAGCUUUCUACUGUUAGCAUUAUCUAGCCCGAAUUCUGAGUUUCCAGUGUAGUCCCCAAAUGAUUUUUAAACCUGUCCAUUAAAUAAUAGGAGAGCUGAACCCCAAAGCAGAGACGUGUCAGCUCUGCGAUUCUAUGGAAAGCUCUGGUAAAAAGUCAACAAGUGCCUCACAGAGGCUGAGUGAGGAGUUCUAAAAUCUACAGUUGUGUCAUAAACAAAUUACUUAGAAUGUGUGUCUGUGCAUUUUGGCAGGAUCAAUAAGGUGCUCACAAACAUCAGUACCAUCACCACUGGCUCGUCACGCCAAUGUUCUUGCAAUAUGCAAGUUCCGAGAGAGGAAGCAUUAAUGCGGUAUUUUGUUAAAUUUGCACUAGAUGUCUGCUUUGUCUCCUAGGUCUUACUGAGAAAACCUAACCAUCCGCUUCUUGGAAAACAAAUCUUUCAUAAUAGAAUGAAAGGAUAUUUUGCUGGUGGACUUGUUUUCCAGCCACAUUUUUUAUCGGUGUUUGUGUACCAAAUGGCUGCUAAGCUCCAAAUGGGCAAAAGACAAUAUUAUGAAGAACACAACAAUGAAAGAUUUGUACUUUUACUAAAGAGCUGCAUCUCAUAAGAAUUGUAGCUGCAUUUGUGCUGAAGUUUUUCAGAGAUGAGAAAGCCUUAUUGGGAUUCAGCGACUUCUGGAUUGUUUGAAAGCACAACAAAAUACUUCAUGACCCUGCAAGAUUAAAUUCUUCAUGAACAUCUUCAGUAUUUCAACAAUGACGAUGAUUUUAUUCAAAUAUUAUGAUGUGACUGAAGUGUAAAUUUCCAGCUUUAACUAAUAGGAGGUAAAGGAGAAAAAAACUUCACAAGAACAGAAGUCAAGAAUACAGUGGAGAAAUCAUCAUCAUAAAAAUCUUCAGUCAAAUGCCUUCCUGGAUAGAAAAUACUUUUACAAUACAAACCAAUGGUAGAUUAGACAAGACUCUCUCAUGUUGUUAAAUAAGAAUCUCAAAACCAAUAAUCAAGCAGCAAGCUAGUUGUAUGGUUAAAUUUGUUCCAUGAGAAAACUCAAUAAAACAGGGGUCUCAAAUUUACAGCCCCAGGACCAACAUAAUGUGGAUUUAUAUAGCCCACACUAGCCCAGAUGUCAUUACAGAUGCCCCUGGAUAAAAUUAGUUAGGGACCCGUGUCUUGAAAGCCACUUAAAAUGGACAUACAGUAAUAUAAAUAAAAUGGCCAAAAUUACUGAAUGGUAAAUGACGUUUUUGUGAAACCUUUUAAAUUAAAGCUACAUUUCUACAAUUCAAACACAAUCAUUACAAAUCCGUUUUUGUCGUCCAUCUUAAAAAAGCCACCAAAGUCCAAAUACUGCUGGACCUAAUUGUACUGAGAUGUGUUUCCACUGAUAUUUCCGGGUUCAGUCAUCCAUCUUUCGACAUUUUCCACCAACUGUUGUCAGUGCAGUCUUUCAAAAAGAGCAGGUCGGUUGUUAUAACAACACGGCACAGUGCUUUAGUUAAGUCACAUGCUGAGUCCCUCUAUGAGUUGCUAGAAACAGAAAGAAUAUUUAAACAUGUGUCAUUAUUCAGGGAUAACAGCGCCUAAGAAAAAUUUCAGCGCUCGAGCGAGAUCUGGCUCGGUUUCAAGUUCUUUUUAAUUUGAUUCAAGUUCCUCUUUUUGACCGUGUGCUCACUAGCUAGUCAAAGUGCCGUGAGUAAGGCACUCAACUCCAGAGCUCCUCAGGCUAACAGUUCCACGAAGGUGGCCCUCUCUAAACGUGUGCAAGGAAACGGUGGUAAACAGACUGAGAUCACAAUAAAGAUUUUUUUAAUUAUUAUUAUUAAGAAAUAAAUAAAUAAAUAAAUAUGUUCGGCAUGGGUGGAUCCUUCUGAGUUUUAGGGAGUUUCUGUAACAGAUUCGUGGCGUUGCCUUUCCAAAUCACACCCCACCCAAAAAGUAGGUCCAAAGGGGAGUGGGAAAUGCAAAGGGCAAAAUGCUACAGUAGUACCAUUUACUCUACCUCAGCCGCUGCCUGCAGAGACUCUGGCCUCGUUCUCUUUACUCAAACAUAAACCCAUAUUUUAACUAAAGAGAACUGCAUCACGCGUGAUUUAAAAAAAUAAUAAUAAUACUGAUGAUGUAAUAAAUAGUGAUCACAGUUCCGAUCAUUUUCAAUGUGCAACAGUACUGAGGUUGAGGCAGGGGUCAGUCAGAGUGUCGAGGCGGGGCGGGGUCUUCUAUUGCUCAAGGAGGUUUUAUCACCAAGGUUGAUCAUUUCGAGGAAGGAUUUUGAUUUCGGUAAAACGACAAAGGGGAACCUAAUAACACGUUACAUGACGCUGGUUUUGGCUUUGAGGGAGGUCGUUUUUAGGGCAGUGGUCCCUUCGGUCCCUUUUUCUCCUCAGCUCGUCUGUUCCACGGCGCCCCUCCCGUUCAAGCCACUGUGAGCCUGGCUGAUGGACGGCGAGGACUGUGUCUUGCGGAGAUGGCCAGCAAGGACGCCCUCCAUCAUCAGUCCAGCCAAAACGCUGGCCUCGAUCUUCUCCAGAUCAUCUGUCUCAGUGCGGAUUUUGGCCCCAAGGAGGCUGAUGUAUGUCUCAUAGCGGGUUUUCUGGUCAGGAGAGUGAGUUGGGACAGAAGGAGAAACAGGAAAAUAAGCAGACGGACCUAAAAUGUAACUGUUAACACCACAUUGAUACAUAUGCAUUGCACACAUCCUACAUAGUCACGAUUUGGCAUUUACAUUUUUCCCCCUGAAAAAUCACCUAUUCACUGUUUUUGUGCUGAGGCCAAAGCCAUGUCUAAUAUGAAAUUAUUGCUUUGGCACCAUUUUGUGGCAUCUGGUGCCAAGGGAGUGAAAGGAAGUGGAUCAUGUAAUCGCUACCCUCUUGUGGCACCUACAGGUAAUUACAAACUUUUUUGUGUUCGUAUCUACGACAUAUUUUUCUGUUUUUGAGGCAAAGCUCGGCUAUUUUGUUUGAGGUGCAGGAGUAUGAGUAAUAUUUAAUCAUAGGGAAAAAAAACACAUUCACACUGCAAUAUUACUUGAUUUACAGGUUUGGUUUAUAUGGGGACCGGCUUAUAUCUUAAAAUAUCUUUUCCAAUUGAAAAAGAUAGAAAUACCAUUUAAGCAUCACAUGCUGCUACUUCAGUUGUGUUCCUUAUCCACUAGGGAGCAGCAUAAUACUAAGAGCUCGAAAAUCACAACAACAAUACUGGUCUGAUAAUACAUGGAGACAACACACAAUUAGCUGCUGUAAUAUUUGCCGUUUAUUUAUUUAUUUAUUUAUUGAAUAGGAUGAAAAAUAUAUAUUAUUUUAAAUGUUGCAAAGGCACCUCUAAAUAUGUCGUAAAGUUUAACAUUGCACCUUAAUUACUUUCUUCAGGCAAAGUUGUCUCAUUUAAAUAUUCAAUUUCUAAUUCUCCUUUUUUUUUGUUUUAGUUUGACAGUAAACAUUAUUAAAAGUAUCAAGAAACAGCUUGAAGCCUCUUUUUUUAAGAUUUUUUUUUUUUAUCUGUUGGUUGCAGUGAAUGGAGCUGAGUUCAUUGCUCCUGUAUGUAGGACUCAUUUCUUUAAAAAAAAAAAAAAAAAAAACAGCUAAGAAACAACUUUGUAUCUUAAAAAACUUUUAAAUCAGUCACAACCCAAGGUCUCUCGCUCUCUCUAUCCAGCGUCGACAUUGUCGCUAGCCGACCGUGCUGCCUCCUUUGUUUACUGUCUCCAGGUUUGUCUGUCCUCUGUCUUUCUAAAAGCUUCCUGUAUUGUGCUGUUACUCCAUUUCUUGAUGCUGUCCAUGUAUGCCGCUCUUGUCUUCCCCUUUUACGUCAAAUCUCUACCUUUUCUUGAAUAAUGUCUCUCGUCAUGCUGCACUUUCUGUUCCUACUUAUAUGUCCAAAAUAAGACAUUUUCUUUUCAAUUACUGCUGGUAGAAGCUGUCGCUUGAUGUUUAGUUCUUUGAGAAUGCUUAAAUUUGUUCUUCUUUCUUUCCAGCUUACUCUCGGUAGUCUUGGGUAAAACCACAUUUCUGCUGCAUGUAUUUUCUUUUCCUCGUUCUGUUUGAUGGUCCAUCCUUCUGCUCCGUAUGUUAUCACUGUAAAAAUGAGGCUCCUCAGUAUCUUGAGUUUCAGGGCAUUGUUUAAUGUUCUGUCUUUCCAAAUGUUGUUUAGCUCUAUCAUUUUUCUUUUUGCUAUUCCAAUUCGUCUAGUGAUGUCUUUAGUGCAGUCUGCUGUGUUGCUUUUAAUUGAACCCAAGUAUUUAAAGUCUACGACUGUCUCUAGUUGUUCUCCGUUGACCGUCAGAUGUUGGAUCUGUUGUCCAAUGUGAAUGUGUUUUGUUUUCUUUAGCUGCAGGUGUUUGUCUUGUCCUUUUUUGUUUAGAGAGUCAAUGUCUGUCGCAUCUUGAUGGUUUGUUGCAAAUAGUGCAGUGUCGUCAGCGUAUCUCAAGUUUGAUGUGUCUUCCUCCAAUUUUAAUGCCUUUCUUGUCAGUUUCAGCAUCCCUCACAACCCAAAUUUUGAAUUUCUAUGCUUUAAAAAAAAUAAAUCAUAAAACACUGCAUAAUCGAUUCAGAGCAAUUAUAGUACUUUACCACGAAUUUCUCUCAAAAAAAUCAGUCCAGGCAUUUGCUGAGUUUGAUGAACGCGAUCAGAGAGCAUUAUAUUUAUUCUAGGUUGAACCCUAAUUGCAAUGAAGUGUAGCUUGGCCAAUUCUACACCUAAAAUAAUAUACUAUAUACAGGUAGCCUUUUGUACUGUUUAUUGUGCGUUUUCAAUAGUGGUUGAAUACUUGGGAUGAGUUGGUGUGAUUGUUUUUGAUGAUGUGUGGAUGCUAAAUGACAGAUGCUAAUCAUUUGUGUGGAUUGCUAUUGCUGUAUCAGUAGCUAGUUAUAAACGCAAAUUUGAAUUGUUAUCAAAGAUGAAACUGCCUUAAUUUCAUUUUUAUUGUAGUUUUAUUCUGCAAGUGUUGAUGUCAUGAGCAGCUGAAUAAAGUCAGCAAACCACACAGACGUCUGACAUCGUCAUUUCGGAGCUUAGCUCGCUGUCUAGCUAGGAAUUAGCUCCAACGUUUUGGCGAGAAAAGUACAAUGACGUAUAAUUAUAGAGCGGAAAUUGGGGUUACGUCGCCAGCGUGGUAACGGGAUUCGUUCGUAACCCGGGGACUACCUGUAUGUCAUAUUUGUAAUAUACAUUUGUGAAAGUGACAGUCAAAACUGAGCAUUAUUGUUAUUUUUAUAAUACAUUUUUUUCUUUUUAGAUACAGCUUUUGUAUUAGCAAGCGGUACAUUGCACGAGUUCUUAUAGAUAUCAGUUGUGAUAUGCAAUAAAUCAAUAGCACAUUACAAAGUAAACAACAAACACAAGAGUUUGAGAUGAAAAGAACAAUUCUGCAAAAGAAUAUACCUCAUAUAUGAGGUAGUGCUCUUUGAGCCGAUACUCCUCCCACUCGCGGCUUUUGGGGUCAGACGAGGGCGGGUUUUUCCGGUGCUCUUCCAGCUCCAGGCUCAUCUGCUUCAGCUUGCUCUCGUGACUCAGCAGCUGCUCAUCCUGCACCAAUUGCAUGCCAGGAAAACAACAGAAGACCCAAGAAUCAACCAAUAAGGUUUUACACAUAAAUAGAACAUGUAAAAGUAGGAACGUAAUUAGGGGCAGGUAUGGUGGUUUCUAAUUUGCAAUAAUUUUGAAUCAGCUUAUGCAGUUCUGGGAAAUUUAUAUAAAAUAUAUCAAACAGACAGUCUUGGGGGAUUUGAUCAUUUUUCAUAAUUUUUUUGAUAGACAAGCUUACAAAGGCUCACUCAAACACAGUUUAGGUUAAAAACAUACGCGGCGUUUAAGGGGGGCCAGGCCUUCCCCCGGUGGCCGAAAAGUGUCAUUGCAUGUCAUUGCACUUUCCUAUAUAUGUUUUUCAAAUUAAGAGUACAGUAAAACCUCCGCUG